UGAAAAAAUACAUAAAGAUGAAAACUAUUAUAGAUGUCCAGUAUUUAUGUGUUUUGAACCAUUUUAUAGUUUACCUGCACAGAAAUCUCAUGUUUGUAAUAAACACGGAAGAUAUGUUUGGGAUUUUAUUAUAAAAAAUAAAAGAGAGAAAAAAGCAAACAAUUAUGGGGUAAUUGGAAUAAGGGAAGAUGGAACUCCUUACGCAAUGCCUGAUGGAGCUGGCAGCAGUAAUGUGGAACAUGAUGCAGAUGUGAGAAUAUAUUUUAGUUAUAUCUACAUAUUGUUUUUAGAUUUUUUCAUUACAAAACUUACCAUAAACCUAUAA